UACUUCAACUGGACCUACGUGUCGACGGUGGCAUCAGAGGGGGAUUACGGUGAGACUGGCAUCGACGCCUUCCAGCAGGAGGCUCGGGCUCGCCAGAUUUGCAUAGCCACUUCUGCCAAGGUGAGCCGCUCCAUGAGCCGCUGGAGCUACGAGAACGUGAUCCGCUCCCUGCAGCAGAAGUCCAACGCCAAGGUGGUCAUCCUCUUCACUCGCAGCGAGGACGCCCGUGAGCUGCUGGUGGCGGCGAACCGCAUGAACGUCACGUUCACCUGGGUGGCCAGUGAUGGCUGGGGAGCACAGGAGAGCGUGGUGAGGGGAAGCGAAGCGGUGGCUGACGGCGCGUUCACCAUUGAGCUGGCGUCCUACGAAAUCCCCCAGUUUAACGAAUACUUCACUGGUCUGCAUCCGUACAACAACAGCAGAAACCCCUGGUUCCGAGAGUUUUGGGAAAACCAGUUCCAGUGCAGUCUCCAUGACCUGGGCUGUGGGAAGUUCUCGCUCCGCGACGUGCCGUUUCAGCCAGAGUCUAAGAUCAUGUUUGUGGUGAAUGCUGUGUACGCCAUGGCUGCUGCGCUACACAACAUGAGACAGGCCCUGUGCCCCAACUCCACCAAAGUGUGUGACGCUCUCAAGCCGGGUAAUGGUCGCAAAUUUUACCGGGACUACAUUCUCAAAGUCAAGUUUGAAGCACCCUUUCGCCCGCCUGACACAGAGAAUGUAGUGCGCUUUGAUGCCUUUGGAGAUAGCCUUGGCCGCUACAACAUUUUUCACUACCACAAAGAAAACGGACGCUACGUCUACCGUAGCGUGGGCUACUGGGCACAGGGCCUCACCCUAAACACCAGCCUGAUUCCCUGGGCCGACCAGGCUGUGCCCACCUCCCAGUGCAGUGACCCCUGCAGGAAAAACGAGGUGAAGAGUAUGCAGCCAGGAGACGUGUGCUGCUGGAUCUGCAUACCCUGCCAGCCCUUCGAGUACCUGUCGGACGAGUUCACGUGUGCGGAGUGUAGCUUCGGACAGUGGCCUCUGGCCAAUCUCACCGGCUGCUAUGACUUGCCAGAGGAGUAUAUCCGCUGGGAAGACGCCUGGGCCAUCGGUCCCGUCACCAUCUCCUGUCUAGGAAUGAUGAGUACACUUUUCGUGAUUGGCCUCUUCCUUAAACACAAUGAAACUCCCGUGGUGAAGGCCAGUGGGCGGGAACUCUCUUACAUUCUCUUGCUGGGAGUGCUUAUGUGUUACAGCAUGACAUUUAUCUACAUUGCCAAACCCUCCACAGCAGUGUGUACGCUGCGGCGCCUAGGUUUAGGCACUUCCUUUGCCGUUUGUUACUCAGCUCUGCUCACCAAGACCAACAGGAUAGCCCGGAUCUUUAGUGGGGUGAAGGAUGGAGCCCAGAGGCCCAGAUUCAUCAGCCCGGCUUCCCAAGUCGCCAUAUGCGGUGCUCUAAUAUCCUGUCAGCUGGUGGUGGUGGUGGUGUGGCUGCUGCUGGAGGCCCCGGGUGUGAGGAAAGAAGUGAGCCCCGAGAGGAGAGACGUGGUCACCCUUAAAUGCAACAACAGGGACUCCAGCAUGCUGCUGUCUCUCACAUACAACUGCAUUCUCAUUAUCCUCUGCACCGUCUACGCGUUCAAGACCCGGAAAUGUCCCGAAAACUUUAACGAGGCCAAGUUCAUCGGGUUUACCAUGUACACCACCUGCAUCAUCUGGCUGGCGUUCCAACCAAUUUUCUAUGUUACUGCCAGUGACUACAGGGUGCAGACGACGACCAUGUGCAUCUCCGUCAGCCUCAGUGGGUCGGUGGUUCUGGGCUGCCUCUUCGCUCCAAAGAUCCACAUCAUCCUGUUCCAGCCACAGAAGAAUGUCUGCACCCUCAGGGUGGCCACCACGCGUUUCAGUGUCAACACUGGGGCGGCGUCCAGCUUUUCUCAAGCAUCAACCUCCAACGUCGUUCCAACAGUGUGCAACGGCCGAGAAGUGGUAGACUCAACCACAUCCUCGUUGUGAACUUCAGUUCUAGAUCUUUGGCUGAGAAUUGUAAACAAAGUAAUAUAAUCGAUAGUUUGGAUUCAGAUACUGACCGGGUCACACGGAUGAUCGUCUUGACUUUUCUGUCCUCAAAGUGCUGUGAGUACAAUGUUCCAAUAACUUAACUUUGUUCUUUGACUCGUAGCAAAUUGAAAUGAGAUGCCAAUAAAGUUGAACAUAACCUUGUUAUUUUGGAAAUUCUAUUUGCAAAGAUGAAGUAAAAUAUAGUCAAUAUGUUAAAUGUAAUAUAUUUCAAUGGUUUUUAUUGUAGAUUUUGGUGAACCAGUUUGUGCUUUCUUGUAAUUAUUGUAAAUAAAAUGUGUUUUUUAUAAAUAUGAA